AUGACGACGGAGGUUGGCGUUCUCCAUCUGCGAAAGUGCCAACUGACCCUCCAGAGGAGUCAAACGAUCCGAUUGUUGUACGAGGUCGCUGAUCGAGGCCAGGCCAUCGGCAAUCUCCUCCUGAGACCGAUCCAAUUCCUCCCUCAAAUGCAAAACGUCUAUGUGAAGGAAAGGCCUGUCGGAGGUCAGCUGGUCACGCUACUGUUGGAGCGAAUUGAGUUUGGCUUGGAGCGAAUGGACUUGAGCCCUCAAAGUUUUCACCUGCCGUUCCAAGCCGCCUUGAUCCUCAUUGCUGGCACGUAA